GUGGUGAGGAGUGGGACUGUUCUGUCGUGCACCUAUCACCAUGGAUGAUUACCCGAUGUAGGGGCUACUUGUGGGGUUCUCCCUCUGGGGGACCCUUUGGUGUUUCAUUUUCCCAUUGGGAUUCUGGAACACGUUUUCGUGUAGGGUAGACACACGUACGGGGACGAGUACCUCGCCCUACAUGGCCGAGCACGAAGCAAAGGCCGCCGCCAUCCUCAAAGAGAGGAGAGAGAAGAAAGAGGCCAAGAAGAAGGCCUUACUGGAGGCGCAGGCGGCGAAGUUGAAGAAGAUCGAGGAGGAGAUGGCUAGAGAGAAGGAGAGGCUGAAGAAAGAAGAGGAAGCGAAGUUAAACGAAGUGGAAGAGGAGGAAGAAGAAGAAGUAGAAGAGGAGCCACUGGAGAGAGGAAGAAGAGGAAACAGAGGGGAGUCUAGUGGACCCAAAGAAGACUUGAUGGAGAAGAAGAUCACGGAGUGGGUUGCAGGGCUGACCCUGGGAGAGGAUGAGGAGGCGUUAAUGUAUGUGCGCAGGGACGAGCAGGAGGCGGCCAUACGAGAGUGGGAAGCAGAAGGAGACCCACUCAAGUGGCAAGUGCUAGAAGAUGAGAAGAGGAUGAAGUGGAAGUUCCGCCUCACUAGGGAGCGAAAGAGAAGAAUGGAGGCGGCAACAGAGGCGGCGAAAGAGUUGGAAGAGGUUAGGAAGCAGAGGGAUCAGAUGGCGGUCCAAGUAGAUUUAUUGGGAAAGGUAGAGAUCCUGGCCAAGAACGUGGAACGCCUGGCAAAGGUCCAGGAGGAGCAGCUUUUAUUUGGGAGAGGUCAGGACAUUGUCGUGCGUUCGAUACGGUCGGGACUUAGAGACUUUGCUCGGGAGUUGGCAAUGCAGGACCUGGAUAAGGGAAAGAGGUGGAAAGGUCGCACUAUCUCAGGGCAGGUGAAGACAAAGGAUAGCCUGAUCCUUACUUUAGAUGAGGGUAGUUUCGACGAGAUCCCCUACGACCAGAUAGAGUGGCGGCUGGAGGACGUGGACAGUGGCGCGAGUCAAGGGAGAACUUACGCAACUGUCGCGGCUGGAGGGAGGCCGCAAGGAGGAGGACGAGGCCAGGGCCAAGGGGGCGGGGCCUCAGGGAACCGUUCCCAGGGCGAUCAGGGGGUUGCCGGCAGAGGAGGAAACCGCCAAGCGGGAGGAAGGGGUCAAGGUCCCCCACAAAACCGAUCUGGAAAUAGGUCCCCUUAUAAGCGAAGUGGAUGGCACCCAGGGCUGCCAUAAGGCAGGCCUUGGGAAGAUCUGGGCCUGGACCAGCGCUUAUGGCAACAG